CAGAUUCACAAGUCAAAACGAACAGAUAUUUUUGAGAUUAGAAAAACAUUUUUAUGUACAAAUCAGUAAUUUUAAACUUCUUUUCUCUGCUGUAUAUAUAUUUUGUAAAUCAAUUUUAAAUUAGCCUUUAGCAAUGGACAACACGACUGAAGAAUAUCGUACUCAAUGGAAAAACCAAUUUUUACACCAUAUGAAAUCGAAAUUUCAACCAAGCACAGCACAGGCAUGCCAGGAACAUAUGAAUCACAUGAGCAAAUUGCCCGAAUUCGAGAACUACAAGCAACAACGCCGACAAGCGCAGCGCUCCAGCGGUGGAGAUGCAGAUCGGGCGAUCUACGAUAUGCAUUUUCCGGGUCAUAGCAGUCAAGCCGACAGUUAUCGCGGCAGUAGUUACAACGAUAACGGUAGCUUUAAUCACUAUCAGCCUAAAUCAAAACCAGCACCUGCGUUGCCUUUAUCUAGUCACGCUAACUCACACAAAAUGCAUGGCAUGGACACUAAUGUAUAUUUAUAUGAGACUGAUUCAAAUAUGGGAGGCGUUGGACCAGGUUCCGAAGAAAGUAAUAAAUCACAGAAGUCAUCAAAAACUGUAGUUAGCAAAAAAAGUUCACAAGACUUACGCAAAAUGGUUAAAUCACAGUGUAAGCUACAUGAAGUGAUUGAUGAGACCUUAAAGCAAAUGUGUACCACCGAACCGUUUACUUACUCCGAGGGUGCUAAUCCUAGCAUUAAGGAACAGACGGGACAAAUGGGCUUGCAGAAAACACCAGGUUCAUGCAAGCGUUGCACCGAUAAAGUGUACACACGUUCAAGCCAAAAAGAUGUGAUGACUGAAAUGUCUAAAGGUGACUUUCUUGAAUGUCGCUCAGGCGAUACGCUAACCAUAUCAGUGGAUGAUGUUGUCAAUUCUAAAGUGAUUAACCCAAUGAUACGUAAAUUACAACGUAUGUAUCUGAACAAUUUGCGCGAAGAGAUGUCACUGAUGGAAGAUUUGGAACGUUUGCCACAUAAAGUAAAUGAGGUUUACAAAGCCACCAUAUUUAAACAAAAAGAAUGAGACGCUAUUCGGUAAUGUUACUUGAAGAAAGUUUUUUGGGGAGACGGUGUGAAACAUGCAUUGCACAUUUCAAGCACAUUUAUUUCUUUAUAAAUACAAUUCAUCAAGGCAUUAUUUUCGAAUAAAUACCAUUUCUGAUUAACGCA